GUUUGAUAUAUUUUGUUGACGCUAGACAUUAAGUUCGUUCGUAGGAAGUCGGCGAGGUAGGCUUGUGCUGUUUAGGUUAGAAAGAUACUCUGUGGUUUAUAUUGCGUGUAUCUGAGUUCCAGGUGUCAAAUUGAAAUGCACAAGAUUAAAUAAAAAUACUGAAGUAGAGACAGGAAAUAAUACCGUGCAUUGAAGUGGCUUCAAGAAUGUUAAAAGUGGCAGAAUGUGUUAACCUAAAGGCAACAGAAUACACGCUGGCAACAUGACACACAAGUAGCCAGAUCAGGAGCCACAAUUGAAUUAAACUGUGAGGAAGAAUUCCCUGUGCACUGGUGCUAUCCAAGAGUGUACAAUGACAGCUGCAUGAUUAAAGAUGCCACAGGUGAUGUUGAACUGUCUUAUACGACAGAAAACAAUUACAAGGGAAGAUUGAUUAUCAAAGAUGCAGUGUACACAGACACAGGAUAUUACUACUGUGUCAGGAAUGACACCACAGAAUGUAGCCUUCAAAUGGAAGGUGCACAGCGCAAAUAUAUUUAUGUGAAAGAUAAUGAAAACCUUCUAGCUGGUGAUUCCUUUUGUCACGUAUAUGCAGAAGUUAAGAGAAAUGCAGUUUUACCGUGUCGACCAACUAGUCCUGACAUCAAAAUAACAUUAAAUAAAGAUGAGAAAAAUCUGAGCCUGGGUAAACAGAAAGAUAGCAACCUGAAUAUUGCUUAUGAUCCCACUAUUGGUUUCACCUUGGAAAACAUUGGCAUCUUUGACAGUGGGGAAUACAAAUGUGUAAAUGAAGACAUGCCCUUCCCUGCCAUCAUGAAUCUUUUUGUCAGUGAACGCAAACCUACUUAUGCAAUGAAACCAAGAAUCUCUGGUCCUGAACAUAUCAUUGUGCGAAAAGGGAGAGAUCUAGUCUUGGAGUGCCAGGGAUUAUCAGAACGUGGUGUAAACAUGAAGAUCAUGUGGUUCAAGUCACAGAAAUUUCAAGCCAGUACCCCACAGACUUCCUGCAAGAACGGUGACUAUGACUGUAUGGUUACAUUUCUCAGAGUCAUGAAUGUGACUGAUGAUGAUGGAGGCACCUACACAUGUGUGAUAAAUGACAAAUACAACAAUACAAGAAAUAAUUCCAGAACAGUUAAAGUUAUUGGAGAAAAUGAAGUUGGCAUCACUUUAAAGUCUGAUUCCAAUGAGACUAUCUUCAUGCAAGUGGGGCAAACCAAGGAAGUGAAAAUGGUAGUAAAUGUCUUUGCUCCAGAAAAUGUGACACUGAAAUGGUAUGGCCCAAAUGGUAAUCAGCUGCAUCCAGACAUGGUCAAAUAUGGUAUAGAAUCCAAAAGUGAUCAGACCAUCCUGAAAGUGUUUCAUCCGAACCUCUACGAUGCAGGGAUGUACAGACUUGAUGCAUAUAACAGUAUUGGCAUGGUAUCACUAAAAAGACUGCUCAUUGUCCAAGACAAACCGAACAUCUCUCUGAGUCGUGGUCUAGUUCUGUUCCCAGAGUACUCUGUAGUCAAUUUCAGCUGUGUAGUGUGGAGUCCAAAGCCGGUAGAAGUCAAAUGGUUCUUCAAAACCUGUGACCUGAGAAAACCAGGUGACUGUGACAAUGAUGACAACUUCAGGCAGGAAGGUCUUAGUAAACAUGUGAAAGACUCUAAGGAGGCAUACGAUGUGUUCAGAAUCUCACUCAUUGUUACACAAGGAAUCCUCCGGUGUGCUGCCAAAAACUCAUUUGGAAAUGGAAAUGAUUCCCUCAAACUCUACAUCACAGAUCUUCCACAUGUGAGGGAGACCCCACAUGUGUGGGGUGAGCCAGAUGAUGUGGUUAUGGAAGGGGAGGAUUCCUUCAGUGUGGUGGAGGGAGACAAUUUCACCCUGAAGUGUGCGUCUAGUGUGUACAACAACACACAUCACCCAGUGUGGUACACAGACAGGAGUACUGUCCACAACUCUACAGGACUGAAAGUAAUAACCAGUAAAACAGAAUUCCUGUAUGUGAGCAACUUGGAGUUCAUCAACAUCACAAAGGAGCAGCACACUGCUGUAUACAGUUGCUACGAGAACAACGAGACAACAACACCUCUGGGCAAACAGAUUCUUGUUGCAGAUUCUGAAAAUGCAAAGAUUAUUGAAACUAAUCUGGAAAAUAUGGAAGUAAAACUGGGAGACAGCCUGAACAUAACCUGUAGGUCAGCUGGAAUGCCAGAACCAAUUACGCUCUGGUACAAGGAUGGAAAGCUUGUAAUUAAUGACAAAACAGUGGAACUGACGGAGAGGAAUCAAUCAUUGAAGAUUAUACUAAUGAAACCAGAAAAUGAAGGGAAAUAUACCUGUGUGGUGAAGAACAGGUUGCAGGAAGACUCAGCUGAGGGUUAUGUUACCGUCACAGGCAAGGCAGGUUUCAGUGUUACCAUGGUAGUCAUUACAGUGGUAUGUGCCUUUGUUGUUGUAGUGCUAAUCAUAGUGCUUAUAGUGAAGACGCUAAAAGCAAAGAAACUUCAGAAGGAACUGAACCUGGCUGGUCUAGCAAAUUUUGAGAAGGGAGCAUUGGAAUGUAUUAACCCAGAACUACCUGUGGAUGAACAAGCUGACUUGCUACCAUAUGACCGGACCUGGGAGUUCCCUAGGGAAAAACUUAUUCUAGGUAAACAACUGGGAGCAGGUGCUUUUGGUGUGGUAAUGAAGGCAGAAGCUUAUGGAAUACUGGACUAUGAGGAGAAGACGACUGUUGCCGUCAAAAUGGUAAAGAGUGGUGCAGACCGUGCAUUUAUUAAGGCACUAGCUUCAGAACUUAAAAUCAUGACACAUCUUGGUAAACAUCUCAAUGUUGUGAACUUGCUUGGAGCAUCAACAAAGAACCUGGCUAAGAUGGAACUGAUGGUUAUUGUGGAAUUUUGUCGGUAUGGCAAUAUCCAUAAUUAUCUUUUGAGACAUCGGGAUGACUUUAUAGAUCAGAUGGACCACACAACAGGCAGGCUUAAUCUUGCCUUAGGCAUGGAAAAACUCUGCAGGUCGCAAUCUUCCAAGAGCAAGAUAAGCCUGAAGCAACGGCUGCUAUCUUACACGAGUACUGUGACAGGAGAUAGCUACUCUGGAGGCAUAAACUCAGAACUGCAUGCUCCGUCAACCCCAAGGACCACAGAGAUGCCAGGACUCACCAGUGAUAUGGCAGUUGUGUCUUCCCCAACUGGGGAGCCGGAUGAGUGCUUAUUAAGCAACAGCAGUUCAGAGCAGCCGGACUGGCGUGUUAAGUAUCGCGGUGACUACAAAGGAUCCACCAUGCCAGUGUGUUCACAUGACCUGUUCUGUUGGGCCUUUCAAGUGGCCAGGGGUAUGGAGUAUCUUGUCUCUCGUAAGGUACUGCAUGGAGACCUGGCUGCACGAAAUAUUCUUCUGGCUGAUGACAAUGUUGUGAAAAUAUGUGAUUUUGGGCUGGCCAAGAGUAUGUACAAAUCUGACAACUAUCAGAAGAAGACUUCUGGUCCACUGCCUGUCAAGUGGAUGGCACUGGAAUCAAUCAGAGACCGUAUAUUUUCCACACAGUCUGAUGUUUGGUCUUUUGGUAUUGUUCUGUGGGAGCUGUUCUCCCUUGCUCAGACCCCAUAUCCAGGAAUGGAGGCAGAUGAAAGGCUAUUCUUGAAACUUGUUGAUGGUUACAGGAUGGAACAGCCCCCAUUUGCUACUAAUGCCAUUUACAGGAUGAUGCUCCAGUGUUGGGAUGCCUCUCCUGUUAAACGUCCCUCAUUCCCAGAAUUAGCAGAGCAGCUGGGAGCUAUGCUAGAUGAUAGUAUUAGAAGGCACUAUGAGGAACUGAACAGCCAAUAUGUGGACAUGAAUGAGCGAAACUUGCAUGAUGACUAUCUCAGUAUGAUGAGUGCACCCAAUUACAGCAACAUUGUAGCUCCACAGGAGACUCAACACGAGUAUGUCAACAGCCCAGAUUCAUGUCCUGAUGACAGCCCAAGACAGAAAGUCAAGAGUCUGAAAAGUGUGGUGAGUCCACUUUUGACAGAUAGUGUGUUUGACUUCUCAGGUGAGGCAAACAACACUGGGUAUCUAACUAUGACAGGCAAAGAAGAUAUUUUCAGCCCUGGCCAUGUAGAUGAGAACCCAUUCAAGUACUCUCCAUACAUGCAGAAAGAACUACCAACAGAGAUGAAACAUCUUAAAGUAAUUAAUAUCCCAAGUUCUGAUAAUUAUGUGAAUGUGGGACAUAAACCCAGUACUGAAACACAAUUUGAAAAUCCAACCUAUCUGAUGGCCAAAUAAUCUAAAAUCUAGUGGGAACUGGUAAGAUUUGGCAUUCUCAUGGACAAGCUGUCUUCUGGGAUGUAGCACCCUGAUUAUGAAGGCAGUAAGCACCUCUGAAACGCUGGUAAACUUAUACCAGACUACAUGAAGCAACAUCCCAGAAGACAGCCAUCUUCAAGACAUUUGUAAUCUCACAACAAGGAGCAAUUAUGUCAUCAUUACAGAAGUGAAAUUUGUGAUACAAAUGAAAUGUGAUUCACAUUUAAUGUAAAAUAGAGCUGGAUUUCUUAUAAAUUACAGGGAGAUGAUGUACUAACACUAAAACACAAAUUUUAUGAAGCCAGUAUAUUGUUGUUUAUGGCAGGAUUGGUGGAUGAGCCCUAGUGGCAUGUGACUUACACCAGUUUCAUGAAGAUCUGUCAAUUAGUGUAAAACUUAAUAGACAUACGGGGAUGGGACAGAUAUGAGAGUAGAAGCCUUGCAAAAUAAAGAAAUGGUGCUAAAAAUCUU